UCAUGAAUCUACGUAAGAAGUCUCUCCUUCCUCUCCGGGGAGUACAGCUCCGCCACCUUUCUCGAAGGACUUCUGUGAUAUCGUCGGUUUCGGGGUGCAGAAUCCGAUUACGUAAUGUAAUGAACAGGGAGGCGGUCGUAACAACGUGGAGGAGGAACACAUUGAUGAUACUGGAUGCUGGUACCAACAGUGGUGGGUUUAGCUUUGGUCCUCUUGGUGGUACGGAAGAAGAAGGUGGAAGAGGGGUGAAUGGUAUAAAUGUGGUCCGCGCAAGCUCCACCAAUCACUCGCCCUCUGACCUCCAAACUUCAAGCUCUCGCGGUAUCAAACACCCCCUCUUUGUCCGUACGAUCAAGAGACAAGCUAUCACUUGGGCAACGAAACUCGCGCCUCGCGAUCAUCACCUUGUGCGGUGCCACGUUCGAACAUCAUCGCCGAGAGCUACCUGAGAUUUAAUUUUGACCUGGAUCCAGCGAAACAAAUCUACAAAUAAAUAUACAACCGUCUAUUUCCUCGUCUACCUGGUGAUCUUUCUACCUGGUCUAAAUUCAGAAACAUGGCAACGCCGGUGGCGCUCAUUCAACGAUGCAUGAUCAUUUUUGCCAUCCUGCUCUGUUAUUUUCACGUUCGGAGCGAAGGUGUGGACUGCGAAUUGUACCCGUUCCAUCACACCUGCAGAGGUACAAUGUCGAGGAAACGUGCGAUGUUCCCGAUCAUAUACGAAGGAUGCGAAGGAAGUAAAGGGAACAUAAAUUGCGUCAAGGAGUUUGAAGAAGCACGUCGUAUUCCUUAUGUUCCGCUCUCCAAGUCGAGACUCUUAAUUGCUUUACUUGAUGAUGAUCUGCAAAAGGACAUCACGCGAUCUGUUCGUCAUAAAUUAAGGAGCGACGAAAUGAAUAAACGAAAGCCAGCUUUAAUGGAGAACUUUUUGUCAGAGUUGGAGUCUUCGGAUACUUAUUGAACGAAAAUGAUCAGGAAAUAAAAAUCUUCUCGGCUCGCGCAAGCAUUUUUCAUCAUUCCGAAUUUCAGAAAUGUACAUUUAAUCUUCUCUCUCUCUCUCUUUCUCUCUCUUUCUCGCUCUACAUACGCAAAAUAAAAUCUCCCUUCCUUUACUUUUACUUUUGUUUUAAAAAUAUUUUUGCUCUGCUGCCGCCUUUUUAUUUAUUCCGGUCUUUUCUCUUCAAGUAAACCACCUUUGCUUCUUCAUUGCCUUUGAACCAAUUACAAUUGAUAUUAAACCAUUGUAUCCACGUUACUAACAAUACACAUGUGCUGCAGCAUAAGAAAAUAUAUUUGAAAUUCGAAGCAACUCCUCAGAUAACCCUAACUAAAAUAGAGAAUACGAAAUUAAAAUAUCAUUUUACAUUUCAUCGCAAAUAUAUAGCAUAACUUUAUAACCUUCAGUCUAUCUAUUAAAACCUUGUAUAUAAAUACAUCAAAAAAA